AUGUACAGACACGAAGGUUUGGGUGAGGGUCGUCCACCACUACUCAGAGGGCCGCUCCACUGCCUGCUGUCCCUGAAGGAGAUGUUUGGUCGUCCUGCUAAACACUCCCAGUGUCACCACAUGUUGAAGCAUCUUCACAGCGGGGCCCGGAUCACCGUCCAGAUGCCCCCAACAUAGAGGACAUUGGAGGGACACUGGGUGUCCACUAGCUGUGAGGUGCGUCCUGGCCCCAGAGUUCCUGACGCGGUUCGUUACCGGUUUCUUCCAACAACAACGUCACACUUCCAGCCAACCAGUUCUACUACACAGGACAACCACUGCACCACCCCCACCUACACCCUGGUGCCCCGGGGACGGCUGAGGCUCAGACAGGCCUCCUGGAUAAUCAGAGGAGGAACAGAGGCUGACUACCAGCUCCACCCGCACACAGGUAGGGUUAGUGUGGUGUGUCACAGUGCGGACGUGGCCAAGGACCUGAGCCAGAGGUUAAAUCCGAGCUGUCGCGGCACCGUGAGGAUCAAAGCACCCUGGGAACCCAACGUCAGCUAUGAACUGUGGAACGAGGAGGGCUGUGACUGUUCCCGACAGAUCAACUUCUCCAUACACGAGCUACAGCUGCUGCGUGUGGAGAAACAGUACCCUCAUCAUAACUUGGACCACAUGGUUGAAGAGCUGUUCCUGGGAGACAUCCACACGGAGGUAGCCCAGAGGAUGUACUACAGACCCUCUAGUUACCAGGCCGCGCUACAGAGUGCCAAGCACCAUGACCACGGCUGCYUCGCUUGUCGUAUCAUCUAUCGGUCGGAUGAGUUCCAUCCUCCCAUCCUGGCGCCGCGUGCGGACAUGACAGUUGGGCUGUACGGCCAAUGGGUGAGCCAGCGUUGUGAGGUCCGCCCCGAGGUCCUCUUCCUGUCCCGUCACUUCAUCUUCCAUGACAACAACCAGACCUGGGAGGGCCACUACUACCACUACUCUGACCCCAUCUGCAAACACCCCUCCUUCAGUAUCUACGCUAGAGGGAGGUACAGCCGAGGAACGCACUCRACRAGAGUUAUGGGAGGCACGGAGUUCGUCUUCAAAGUGAACCACAUUCGUGUGAUGCCCAUGGACCUGGUCACCACGUCCCUCCUCAACGUGUUUAAAGGUAACGAAUGCGGCACCCAUGGUUCCUGGGAGGUCGGAGUUGAACAGGACGUCACCCUGACCAAUGGCUGCGUGGCGUUGGGGAUCCGCCUGCCCCACACAGAGUACGAGCUGUUCCGGAUGGAGCAGAACGCCGACGGACACCUACUCCUCUACAACGGACAGAGACCCUCAGACGGGUCCAGCCCCGACCGGCCAGAUAAACGAGCAACCUCGUACCAGAUGCCCCUGGUCCAGUGUUCAACUAGCAGCCAGAGGUCAGAGGUCGUGGGAGGGGAAGACGAGGACCGACCCCUGAGGCUGAGUAAUGGUGGAACCAGAAUGACGCGGAACCAGAACCGGAGGGAUGUUGUUGUGGUUCUGACCUCGCUGGUUCUGUUGUUCCGGUGUUACAGCUAAAAACUGACAGUCUGGUUUUUCAUAGAACAGACCUACUGGUUUUUGUACAUAGAGACACUGACUGUGUGUAGGACUGUGGACCGUGAGAGAGGACUCUAAUCUGACUCUCCUUCAGUGUCUACCCUGAGGGAAAGGAGACUGCUACUCGCCUUUGACACACUUGAACUUUUGAAAUAUCUUUUUGGCUCUUUAAACGCGAUGGAAGCAGCUUUUAAAAG